AUGCGUUCCUCGUUAGCUCUUACCGCCAGUCUAGCUGCGCUUUGCAGCGCGGCACCCUAUGGACCGCAGACUCCGCUCAAGAAUAUCUUGGAAAACACCGACAAGAGUGACAAGUACAAGUACCCUACCGAUUUCACAAGAAACAUUCUGCCCAAGCCCUUCCAUAGCCACAACGACUACUGGCGCGAUGUUCCGUUCUAUUCCGGAUUGAGUGUCGGCGCCAUCUCGACCGAGGCGGAUGUCUGGCUUAUCAACGGUACACUAUAUGUUGGUCAUGAGCCUGCUGCUCUCAGUGACAAGCGCACUCUUGAGUCGCUCUACAUCAACCCAAUUCUUGACACUCUGCAUCGCCAGAACCCAAGCUCGCCUUUUGUCCAGCCAGGCGAGCAGAAUGGUGUGUUUGACACGUCUAGUGGCCAGACACUGUACUUCUUCAUCGACUUUAAGACUUCUGCCGACGUGACCUGGCCAGCCGUCCUUAAGGCUUUGGAGCCUCUGCGAAGCGGAGACUGGCUCACCACCUACGAUGGCAAGACACUUCGCAGAAACCCUGUCACAGUCAUUGGAACAGGAAACACGCAGCUUUCCGAUGUUCUUGCAGCAUCUCCUCGCGAUGUGUUUUUCGAUGCACCACUUGCCAACCUCCAGGACGCAAAGUACAAGGACUUGACCGAGAAUGAGUCCCCAAUUGCAUCCACCAACUUUGCAGCGUCGUUUGGCGACGUGCGCAAACGCGAAAUGAACGAGACGCAGCUCGAGACUUUGAGGAGCCAGCUCGAUGUGGCCCAUGGAAAGGGCAUCAAGGCCAGGUACUGGAAUCAGCCUAACUACCCUGUUGGUACCAGGAACGCUGUAUGGAGGACUCUUUGGGAUGCGGGUGUUGAUCUGCUCAACGUUGAUGACCUGGAGGAUGCGGCUGUAUUCUGGGAGGGUGAUAACUAA